CUUGUGAUUGAGGAAGUAAGAGAAGGCCCAGAAGAUAUAUUUGCUCAGAGUAAGCAUCCUAUUGCUGGCCUAAAUACUUCAAUCCGUGGACGUUGAGCUAUACUGACCAGUACAGCCUCUCAGCUCUAUACUGAGAAUACGUUAAAUAACUUGAUGCAGACCACGGUACUUAACGACAUUGUAACUCGAAAUUAUAUGAUAGAAAACCUGUGGAUAGAGGCCUUCAACACUAACUAUAUCGUCUCUCAUGCGCUAUUUCAUUCCGUUAUCUUUGCCCGUCCAGGUAAAAUUCGAGACUGCGGUAUUCCCGACGUCGAACUGCUGGCUAGGCGAGAGGAGGAAGGCCUCCGCACGGAAGGUAUACGCGGUGGGUUAUUCCAUCUUCCUUUUGCUUCUGAGGAAGAACACUUGGAGUUAAUGGUGAGAGUUCAUGUGAGAUCGAAUUUUAAAGUGGCUAUGGGAGGGAAGGCUGAAGAUGGUUUAUUGAGAGAACUGGAGGACAUAUUUUUUAGAUUGACAUUUCCAACUCCGCCUUUGGAUUAAAUUUCUCGGGGGUUAUUGAUAGGGACCUUUAUUGCAUUAGUAUCAGCUAUAUAUAUGCAAACUUUAUAUCAAUCAUCGCGCUCGGACGCAAUAGAAAAGUAGUGCAAAGUCAAACCUG